GGCUCCAACACACACUCGACAUCAGGCCACAAACCUCCAUCAUUCCUCCAUCCGGCCGUCGCGCGCUUCCAGGUGUGGUGACCGUGGUGACGGAGCAAAUGCGGAAGUGCUUAUUCAGCAGCGGCAGCAAGCAGCAGGAAGCAGCUGAAGUCCACUGAGCUCAGUCUGACAACAUGUCCAACAACGAAGAGAUACGAUACUGCCACAGGUUCUCCUACAUCGUCCUCAAAUUCCUCCUGUUCGCUUAUGCCAUCGUCUGGUGGUUAAUAGGUGGUUUUGUCCUUGCCAUUGGUAUCUAUGCUGAGGUGGAGAGACAACGCUACAAGACACUGGAGGGGAUGUUUUUGGCCCCAGCUAUAAUCCUGAUCGUCCUGGGAAUUGUGAUGUUUAUAGUCUCGUUGAUUGGAGUCUUGGCUUCACUGAGAGAUAAUCUAACUCUACUGAAAGUGUUCAUGUACACUUUGGCAGUCUGUCUGAUCCUGGAGCUGCUCGGAGGAAUCUUGGCGCUGGUGUUCCGCAACCAGACUGUGGACUUACUGAACAAGAACAUCAGGAAGGGCAUAGUGAACUACUACGAUGACCUGGACUUCAAAAAUAUCAUGGACUUUGUUCAGAAGAAGUUUAAGUGUUGUGGAGCUCAAGCGUACAACGACUGGGAGUUCAACAUGUACCACAACUGUUCUGCACCUGGUCCAAUGGCCUGCGGUGUCCCGUAUACCUGCUGCAUUACUACUAUGCCUAAUGAAGUGGCCAACACUAUGUGUGGCUGCGAUGUGCUCAAAAAAGAGCGUUUGGACUUGAUCGAAGUCAUUCACAUCAGAGGCUGCACUGAUGCUUUCUUCAUCUGGCUGUUAGACAACUAUAAGAUCAUGGCUGGACUUCUGUUAGGGAUCCUACUGCCGCAGUUCUUUGGUGUGAUAGUCAGCUGGCUGUACAUCACUCGUGUUGAAGAUGCCAUCAGUGAGUACGGCCACUACAUGGACGGGCUACUGGGCUCACAGGAAAGAGCAGCCAAGAGGCAGGGCCGUGUGUCCAAAUGGUUUAAGUGCAUGCCAGAGAUCGACUGAUGGAGAUGAGCGGAGAGCAGCAAAUGGACUCCAGUCACUCACAGCUGGUCAAAGCACUGGAGUCGAUGCAGAUACUGCUGCAGCCACUUCAGGAGUCUGCAUUCGAACUGCCAGCUCAAUACAAGUGCUUACAAGUUUUUUUAUUGGGAAGAAGGAAUUGUUCAGCCUCCUUAUUGUUUGGAAUUUAAUAUUCAUGUUGUUGUUUUUUCAGUUUUUGUUGUUCAAGGAAGUGAAUAAUUUUGAAUGAAUUUGUUAUUGUUAUCAGUGUACUGAUGCCCGAGUGGGAAAUAAGAGCUCGUUAAGUGAUGUGCUGCACUGUGCCACAGACAUUCUCAGGGAUUAACAUAGAAACCAUCAUAACCACUUCUGCUCCUAGUGUUAUUAUAUAUCCUGAAAUUCAUCCGUACACAAACCCAAUCUACAGCCCUAACUUUACUACCUAUGUUCAUUGAUGGUUUCCUACCACCAACUAUUUAUGACUGUUCUAUACAAACUCUGCUCCUUUAAUACUAACACCACUGUCUGUCAUCUGAAAGCAGGACACUUCGCCCUAGUGGUGUAUUUGAACACACCCUGAGGUUUGAAAUGGAACUCUGCAUUAUACCCUGCCUGCAUAUUCCUCUAUGACCAUAAGUGCUCACUGAACCUUCAUGAUGUCUCAACAAAGGUCUUUAUAGACAUUCCCUUAUUUUCUUCAUCAAACCUUUAACUUUGACUCAACAUUUAAACUCAGGUCCACUGCUGAAUGUUGAGAUAGAGCUAAACAUUAUCCAUUGUGAACUGAUUUUAAAAAAUAGAUGCUAAUGAAGUGCCUAGAGUUGCACACUUUGAGACGCACAAUGCCUCCUGGGUUUGUAUUCUGUCAACAUGAGGGAAGGAUUUAAAUUCUUCUACAUUGGUCAGACAGGACGUGCUUUAAAAUGAAAAACCUUGUGACUUGUGACAUGUGACUUGAACAACACAGUAUGACACAUUUAAACUGGCUUUGUUCCCUAAACCUGAUCACUCACAGGACUGAAACAACUGUUUAUAUGCUGUCAGAGUGCUGCACUACCACCUCCUCACAGCCUACUAACUAAAGUGACUACAUUUGAAGACAUGUUGCACUGAAUAUAGUCCAGGUAGCUGUUACAUUGUUCUCAAAAUCAGAAUAAAAUGAGUAAUCCCCAGGACAAAACAUUAGCAUAUAUACUUUAAUAAAGGUUUUCCAUUAGAUUACAGAACAUGCUACAACUUCCUGUAAACUCCAUAGUGGUUGUACGAUUUAUAGAUACAUAUUUAUCAUGACAUAAGUGGAAGAUGUGAAAUGAAUGUGCUUGUGAACUUAAAGGUUUGAUGUGAAGUUGCAAACUGAGACCAAAGAGCUCCUCCUUCUUGAAUUUUAAUUCAAAUCUCUCUGCCUUUUUCUCCGUUUGUGGCUGCACACGACUGCACUUCAACUUCUUAAUGACAUUAUUAAUACUUCACUUGCAUCACUGCUAAAACACGAUUUCAAGCAUUUCAGCUUUCAGUGAUUGCUUUUUUCUAACAGGAUAUGAGGUCAAACAGGAUUUACAGAGGUUUUUACAUAGGAGCCUUCUUUGCUUUGUAGGGUCGAAAGAGCGUUAACACUUUAUUCUUAUCGGCAUAUUUAGCAUUAGACCAAAUCUAAUAAUCCAGGUUAAUUUAACUGGUUAAUACAGUUCAUACUUUCCAUGAAAGACUACAUAGAAUGUUUGUUUGGUCUUGAUUAGAAAGGAGGUACUGAGGUGUCAACUCAUUCCCUGUUUGAACUGGUGGGUUGAAGGUAAAUUAAUGUUUGUGUUGGAUUGGUUAAGGUUUGUUUUAUUUAACUAUAGUUACUACCUGCUUCUCACUGUAAAGCUGCAUUCACACUGUCAGAUUCUAUUGUUUUCAAUAAACAGUGGAAAACAUUCAACACACAGCAACACACUCAUUUCACUGUCGUGAGACGAAAAUGGGUUUUAUGCUUUGUGAGAUAAUUAAUUUGGAAUUAAAAUCUACUUUAUAAAACAAACACACGGUGCCUCAUUAAUGCAAAUGUGAUGAUGAUGAUGAGUUAAAUGGAGCAUUUUUACUAUUUAACGAGGCGUCAGACACAUUAAGUAGCCUCGUUAUUUUCAACUUUUUCUGAAUCUUAAGCAAACUGUAUAAUACCAAUGACAUAGAAUAUACAUUUUCAUGUGUGCAGCAUGUAAGAUGAACUAAAUAUUACAUGACAUAAAGAAUAUUUUAAAAAGA